CCGUCCCACUUCUUCUUUUCUUCUUCGCGCCGUGCCACUUCUUCUUCAGAACUUCUUCUUUGCUGCGCCGUGCCACUUCUUCUUUUCGUUUUUUUUUUUUGUUUUGUCCCUCUCUUCCGCAGCCUGCCACGCACAGACCCUCGGCCUCACCUCACUCUCGCCAUGGAACCUCCCAUCACAGCCUUACGGCCUCACCUCACUCUCGCCGUCGAACCUCCCCUCGCGCUGCUCUGCCCUCCGAACCUCUCAUCUCUCACUGAGUCACGACUCACGCAGCCGGCAGCCCCUCUCUCACGUCUCUCUGUCUUCGAUUCCUCCCGGAAGCAAAAUAUUGCACAGCAUAGAAAGUCUCUUCCGAUUGCUUCCGUCGAGAAACGACUUGUGGAUGAGGUCCGUCAUAAUGAUACUUUGAUUAUUGUUGGUGAAACUGGAAGUGGAAAAACUACCCAGUUGCCACAGUUUCUAUUUAAUGCGGGAUUUUGUCGGGAUGGGAAAACUAUUGGGAUUACUCAGCCUAGACGUGUUGCGGCUGUUACUGUUGCAAAACGGGUUGCUGAGGAAUGUGGCGUGGAUUUGGGCCAAAGGGUUGGGUAUUCCAUUAGAUUUGAGGAUGCAACUUCCAUUUCAACGAGGAUCAAAUACAUGACAGAUGGAUUGCUACUAAGGGAAGCAUUGUUAGAUCCAUAUCUCUCUAGAUAUUCAGUCAUUAUUGUUGAUGAAGCCCACGAGAGGACUGUCCACACUGAUGUUUUGCUGGGAUUGCUUAAAAAUAUACAACGAGCAAGGUCAAAAUAUUCCAAUGACCGUGUUAAUAUUGAAAAGAAUAAGGAAAACAAUGGCACUCUGUCGGAUAAGGAAAAUUGUGUUUUUCUCAAGCAAUGCCAAAGCAGAAAAUUUCCUCCACUGAAGUUAAUUAUCAUGUCUGCAAGUUUAGAUGCACGUGGUUUCUCCGAGUACUUUGGUGGUGCAAGAGCUGUUCACGUCAAAGGGCGACAAUUUCCCGUGGAUACAUUUUACACUCAUCAUGCUGAGCCAGAUUAUUUAGACGCAGCCUUAAUUACCAUAUUCCAGAUUCAUCUGGAGGAAAGCCCUGGUGAUAUACUUGUAUUUUUGACUGGGCAAGAGGAGAUUGAAUCAGUUGAACGACUUGUAAAAGAGCGACUUCAACAGUUACCUGAAGGCAGUCGAAAGCUGUUAACCGUUCCCAUAUUUUCAGCUCUUCCCUCAGAAAAGCAAAUGCGAGCAUUUAGACAAGCUCCAGCCGGUUUCCGUAAGGUAAUAUUAGCAACAAAUAUUGCUGAGACAUCAGUGACAAUACCUGGAGUCAGGUAUGUUAUAGAUCCUGGACUUGUAAAAGCACGGUCUUAUGAUCCGGUCAAAGGGAUGGAAUCUUUGAUCAUUGUUCCAAUAUCAAAAUCACAGGCUCUUCAAAGGAGUGGACGAGCAGGUCGUGAAGGAUCUGGAAAGUGCUUUCGUCUCUACCCAGAGAGUGAAUUUGAUAAACUUGAGGAUUCAACAAAGCCUGAGAUAAAACGGUGCAACCUCUCUAAUGUCAUUUUGCAGCUCAAGGCUUUGGGUGUCGAUGAUAUUCUGGGGUUUGACUUCAUGGAGAAACCGUCAAGGGCAUCUAUUGUCAAGUCAUUGGAGCAAUUGUUCUUGCUAGGCGCUUUAACAGAUGAAUGUAAACUGUCAGAUCCAGUAGGCCGUCAAAUGGCUCAGCUCCCCUUAGACCCUGUUUAUUCCAGAGCUCUUAUUUUGGCUAGUCAGUUCAACUGCUUGGAAGAAAUGUUGAUAACUGUUGCAAUGCUCUCAGUGGAAUCUAUUUUUUAUGCCCCCCGCGAGAAGUUAGAAGAGGCAAGAACUGCAAUGAGAUGCUUUUCAAGUCCAGAGGGAGACCACCUCACUUUGGUUAAUGUGUACCAUGCUUCUGAUGAGUUCUUGGAUAAGAGAAUGGUGGGGCUCAGCAAAGAGAAAAAGGACAAAAUUCUGAGCAAGUGGUGCAAGGAAAAUUUCAUCAAUAGCCGUUCCCUAAGACAUGCUCGUGACAUUCACAGUCAAAUUCGAGGUCAUGUUGAACAAAUGGGUCUUCGUGUUGCUUCUUGUGGAGAUGACAUGCUUCAGUUCCGCAAAUGUCUUGCUGCUUCAUUCUUCCUCAAUGCAGCUUUGAGGCAGCCAGAGGGAACAUAUAGGGCUUUAGCAAGUGGUCAGGUGGUGCAGAUCCACCCUUCUUCUGUGUUAUUCCAGGCAAAACCAGAGUGUAUAGUUUUCAACGAACUAGUCCAAACUAAUCAUAAGUACAUCCGCAACAUUAGUAGAAUCGAUUACUUGUGGCUAUCUGAACUGGCUCCUCAAUAUUACUGCUCACAAAAUUAAAUUUUGGUUUUGAUAUUAGCUGGUUGAAGCAAAACUCAAAGGUACUUUUACAAACACUUGCUGACCUGGGAUGUUGCCUACCAUAUUGGCUUUCAAUAUCAGAAGACAAACUUGGUUCAACACAUUUAUUGCACCAAUCAAGUCAUUACCUUUCUGGGAAAAAAGGAGUUAUUCUAUGAGCUACCUUGCUUAAAACACUUUCAGAAAACAAUUCUUGAUGCCAAUCUUUGUCUUCUAAAUCAUGCUGGAUGCUGCAGUUUGAUGUUUUGGUUCCUCUACUGCAACGUGAGAAAGGAGAAUGGAGAAUUGGAAUUUUGUAGCAGAUAUUUAUUUUUCUUUUAAAAAAAGCUGGCUGUUUUUUUAUGGAAAUUCUCCUUGGAAGUAGGAAUUUGAUGGCUUCUGGCCCAGUUUUUAGGCACUGGCUUUCAACUUGUCUGGGCGGUUCUGGUGCAUAUUUCCUAGGUCUAUUUACAUUGAGGAGUUUCUUUUGAAGGUGGCUCCCAGUUAUCUAUGGAAAUUUCCAUCAACUUGUUGACUGAAGGCAAUUUGUCACUGCUGCCUUCUGUAUCAUAAUAUAUAAAGACCAGGAGGGCUGUUGCUUUAAGGCAUCUCAGCAGACCAAACAAUUUGCUGCUUCCUCGAGUCGCCCCCUGCUUGCAUAGAGAUACGCGCAUACUUCAGUUCAUUACAGAAGUUAUUAUUGAUCUUGAAUCUUGAUGAGGUUGUGGCACAGCCUUGAGCAUUGAUGAGUAACCAUAGUCUCCAGUCACAAAUUGCAAGUGACUUUGAUAUUAGAUACUUCAUAAUUCUGAUUUAAAGGAAUAGGGAAAUUGUUGUCGGUGUGAUGUAUCUCGUGCCUCCGUAUAUAUUAUUUGAGCAUUAAUUGGAUGAAACCCAACUUAUUUGUAAGAGAGUGCUAGAUUUUCAAAGACACAUGACUGGGGAACUGUUUGGAAAUAGAUCUCAUCUCAAAGUUCUCUUUUUA